CAAAGGUGUGGAGAGGCCUAACUAAAACUUGGACAUGAAAACAAUAUAAAACUUUAUGGUACAGCAGGGAAGCAGCUGAACAACAGAGGUUUUCUGUUCUUCUCCAUCAGUGUCCUGAGUGUCAGCGUAGAGCACCAUGGAGGCAAGAUCAUUCAGUCGGAAACAGUGGGCUUCACAGUCACUACGCAUAACAGCAAGAGAACUCUCAUUGGUUGGUGGUCGUGGCAAGUCCAAUGCCAUCGCUGAACGUUUCUCCAAGUAUCAGAAGGCUGCAGAGGAAGCAAAUGCCAACAAGAUAAAAUCUCCUGUCGAGAGCCUCCCCCCUACUUUACGCACAGGUAACCUCAGCCUACUGAAGAAGCGCUGGGAGCAGAAGCACACGGUGCAGCCCGAACCAACGACCGAAACCAUCACUGCCACAGCUCCACCCACCACACCAGAGACCCACCCUCUGGGCCGCCUGGGACGCCUCACCCGGCACAGCAGUCUCAGGCAGCACGUGCCCCGUUGGGAGCAACCCACAAGGCUCAAGGAAGUAAAGGAAGGGGGGAUGGAGGCAAAGAAGGAAAGGCAAAUAGAUGAGGAAGAGGACCAUGGGGGUCUGCUGUCUCCAACCUCCCCCUGUUCACCCUUGGAUAAGCCGAGCAUGCCUCUCAACAGCCUCAAGAUGAUGUUUGAAAAAGGGGAAGGCAGGGCACGAGGACAGAGCAGCACUUCAGAAGACAUGGAUAUCCGAUUGGGAGACCGAGGUUUGGUAUCGCUGGAGCGGACUAAAUCUCUAAGGGACCGGAUGGCCAAAUAUCAGGCUGCUGUGUACAAACAUGAAUCCCAUACCCAACCAAGCUCAUCUAACCAGUCUGAGAGUGAAGCCAGCCCUUCCACCUUAGACCACAAGGAAAAUGUGCCCCCUGGUGACACAAGACAGACACUGAGUUCACUCUCAGAGUCAAACAGUGCACAGACCAAUGGGGUGUUAGCUAAUGCAGCAAGCCCUGGAGUCUCUGAGCCAGAGGACAACGACACACCCAGACUGGUUAGGGGACAGAAGUUCCGUUUUUCGGUCAGGGAGAUUUGUGUAGCAUGCCAGAAGACUGUUUAUUCACUAGAGAAACUGGUGGCCAAUCAACAAGUUUUCCACAACACCUGCUUUCGCUGUGCAUACUGCAAAAACAAACUCAGCUUGGCCAACUACGCCUCCCUCCAUGGGAACAUCUACUGCAAGCCUCACUUCAACCAGCUCUUCAAGUCUAAGGGCAACUAUGAUGAGGGCUUUGGUCACAGGCCCCAUAAGGAGCUUUGGACAGCCCGCACCGAUGACGACGUUACCGAAGAUUCAGAAAAGCUGAAACCUGCUGCAGCGGAGCCUGUGCUGGCCAAGCCCAUCUCAGAACAUAUUCUAGACCAGACAGUGGAUGAAUGCCUACUGGCCAAAGUCACUGAUGUCACGGCUUCUCUCGAGAAAAGUGCUCAGAUGAAGAGUGCAACAGAAAAACACCAAGGAGCCACCUCGUUGGAGACUAGGAGGCUGAAGAUCUCCUGGCCACCACCGGCUGAUGGGGAAACUAGUCCCCGCAUCUUGAGUCCAGCUGCUGAGAGUGGAAGGGUACCAGCAAGAGUGUCUAGACCGAAGUGGCCUCCAGAGGGAGAGGCACAGUCAAGCAUGGAGAGUACAGAGAGGGCAGAACUGAGGAGUCUGCGGCGUAGCUCCUCCCUCAAAGAGCGGAGCCGCCCUUUCUCUGUGGUCCCUUCCUUGGAGUCCACCAAUCCCAUGCAGCAAGAGCGCCAGAAGUCCCGGGUGGUAGGGCAGGGAUCACUGGAGGAUCUCUGGCUUGCUUCUAAAGCACAAAAUAUCCAAGGCAAGGAGGUAAAGGAGAAAAUGGAGGAGAACAAAGAAACCAGGAAGGCCUCAUUCACAGACCACAAAAUUAUAUAUAGUUAUAAGGGCUUGGAAAAGGAUGAGGAAUAUCUCCCUAAACCGGAGGAGAACGUGCCCCAGUCAAUCCUCAAAGAGCCACAGCCGACGAAAAUAGAAGUCCUUGAUGACCAUGAAGAGGAUGAGGAGAUACAGUGGAAAUUAUUCAACAAGUCCACUAGAUCCUCUCACCUUUCCACUCCUUCCCUGGUAGAGAACAAAGCCAACAGGACCUCUGUAGACGUAGGCUUCUGGGACGGAGAGGAAGCAGAGGAGGCUCUGACAGUGGAGGAGAUGAUCAAGAGGAACCGCUACUAUGAGGAUGAAGAGGAUGAAGAGGAAGUGGCUGAAGUGUGAAAGCACUCAUCCCACCUUUACAUCUGACUCUCCCCAGCAACACUCAAUUGCAGAGGUGCAAGAGCAAUAUAGUCCACUGGCCUGAUUUCGAUUCUUGUCUCAGUUCAGUGUGUCUGUAUUCUUGUUUUCAUCUCAUUUUCUGGCUAGCUAAAUACUGUACCAAAAAAGAAGCGCAUAUUUUUGGUACUCUUUUUUUUUUUUUCUUUUAACCAUGCUUAUGUCUGCUUUAAUUCCUGGAAAAAGUCAUUUUUACAAUCUUUUUGGCUAUCUUAAUAUUUUAUGUCUGAAUAAAUGUUCUCACUGGGUUUUUUGUUUGUUUGUUGUUUUUUUGCUUUGAAAAAUAAAUGGCAAUAAUUAAACUGGUUAAAAUAUUUGCUGCAAAUCUCUUUUAGUUGUUUUAAUGCUGUAUGGAGCUUUGAUCUAGAACAAAAUAAAGAAAAUGGUAAUUACCAGAAAUUCAAAGUUUUACAGUAUGUUUUAUAAUAAAAAAUGUUAAAGGGAUUCUUACUCUGAGUAUGCAUUUAAAAAAAAACAGCCUUUUGUAUUUAUCCUUGAGGAUUCCCAGGCUUUUGGUCAGAAGCCUACAUUUUAUGGAACAUUCUAUAUUAAUGGGCUUAUCAUUUGGUUGUCUUAUGUGCUUGAAAACAUGGUGCCUGUCUUAGUGAUUAACUUGUCUAGCUAGAAUAAUUUACAAAAAUAUUCUACUCUAUAUGAGACCAAAAAAUCCUUUAAAAUGCUGAUUAUUUUAAUA